ACUACGGAGUGCGAGCAGUUGAACACAUUUGAGUUGGAGAUUGAUUUCCCUAACCUUCCCCACCAUACCAAAACUGCUAACCUUGGUUGUAUCAGAAAAUGGACACUGCUCUCUUCUCCCCUUCUUCCCUCUUCGGCGAUACUUCUGACAACUCUUCCGAUGAAGAACUCAAUACCCAUCAAAAUUUUGUGGAAAGGACCCACCGAUUCCCAGGAAUGGAGUUGGUCGUCCGAGAAUUCGCCUUCCACCAGCUAAAUGCUAAUUUGCUAUGGCCAGGUACAUUUGCUUUUGCAGAAUGGUUGGUUCAACACCAGUCUUGGAUAGGAGGGAGGCAUGUCAUUGAAUUGGGGAGUGGGACUGGUGCCUUGGCUAUCUUUUUGAAGAAACUGUUGCAUAUUGAUAUUACAACGUCUGACUAUGAUGAUCAAGAAAUCGAGGAUAACAUAGCUUAUAACUGCAAGAUCAAUGGAGUUAUCCCCGCUCUACCUCAUGUCAAGCAUACAUGGGGAGAUGCCUUUUCAAAUGCCAAUCCAAAUUGGGACCUGGUAAUUGCUAGUGAUAUCUUGUUAUAUGUGAAACAGUAUCCAAACUUGAUCAAGACAUUAUCCUUUCUUCUAAAGUCUUACCAACCGAAAGAAAACAUGAAGACGUCACCUCAAAAUGAACAAGAUAGUGGAUUGCGUUGUCCUGCUUUUUUGAUGAGUUGGAGACGCAGAAUAGGUAAAGACGAAGAAACCCUCUUCUUCAAGGGUUGCGAGGAUGCUGGUAUGAAGGUCGAGCAUCUUGGAUCCCGUGUUUAUUGCAUCACCUCUAUCUGUAAAGAGUGAUGUUAAAUGGUUAAGGGUUAGUUCCUAACCCUCGAUAAAUCAAUCGACAAUUGAGUUUUCUCGUUUUUCUUUGCCCUGCCCCGCUUUUAACCUCUACUACACAUAUUAUGCGCUUUUUUCUGCCCCAUAGCUAAAUGACUUACAAAGUAUGAUUUUAGGUUACGUCAAAUGAGUUUUUUUUUAAAAAAAAAAUUAGUUUAAGAAAAGACAGUAUGAUGUUAUAGUUUGGUAGAAUGAAAUCUUCAUGGACAACAUUUUUUUCAUAGAAGUUUACUGCAUUUAUAAUGG